AUGAAAUUGUCACCUGUCCGUUUGGGUUUGGAAUUUGGGAAGCUUGGAAAGAUUUAUGGACAGUACAGAUUUGCAUUGGCUCCAAAUGAGCAAAGAGUAUUCAAAGGGUUUUGGAAGGAUGCCUUUUAUAAGGUAUUGAGAAACACUUGGUUCGACCGUUGGUAUCUCUGGCUGCCUCAAGGUGUAGUAUUCUACUUCAUGACAAAGUUGUGCUUGAAAAUGAAUUACGAAGCCUACCGGAAGAAACCGGAAGACUUUAUCAACGAAGGCAUACCAAAGGAUGCAAAUUAG